AUGGAACUUAAACCGUCCGUAGAACCUAUUCACAUGCGCGAAGUUUUGCGCAUUGUUGGGCUUCGGGAAGUCAGCACACCUGCGAAUGGCAAUUGCUUAGCGAUUGCUCUUGCCCAAGCGUUUGCUGAGUCUGCUUUGGCCGCUCCCACUAUGGACCAAGAGCUUCUUACGGCUGCAAUCAAACGGAGUAUCAAGUAUACAGGGCUUUUUAACUUGGAGGAUCAGCUUUUUCACGACCUGCGUGUUCAGGCACUCAAGAAUGUGGGCCUUGGGUGGGCGACGAUGACGCGCAAAUAG